AUAGUGUGAUGAGAUAUGAUGAAAGCAGCAGUGUUAAGGAGUUUUGUGGCACUUGCAACUGGUGUUCAUAAUCAUCAUCAUCACUCUUUGGAAUUUAGAAAGCUUUCACAGCCUAUAGUUUCUGAUUUUUGUCGCAACUCAGUUCGCAUUUCCAUCUCUCCCACAUCCUUCAACUUGAAGAUGGCUCAAGAUUCUGCACAAAAUCCCCCUUUUCAGCAACAGAAAGUCAUAAUAAGCAACAAGCAUGGCAAUAAACUAGUGGGCAUAUUACAUGAAUCUGGAACCGAGGAGAUUGUUAUUCUGUGCCAUGGUCUUGGAGCCUCGAAGGAAGACAACAUCAUGACAAAACUUGCUUCUGCGCUAGAGAAUGCAGGAAUCAGUUCUUUUCGCUUUGACUUCACCGGAAAUGGGGAAAGUGAAGGUUCAUUUGAGUUUGCUCACUACUGGAGGGAGGUUGAUGAUCUACAUGCUGUAGCUCAACACUUUCAUGAAGCAAAUCGUUCAGUUAUUGCAAUUGUUGGGCACAGUAAAGGAGGUGGGGUGGUACUUCUUUAUGCUUCUAAAUAUCAUGACAUUAAGACAGUUGUCAACUUAUCUGGACGCUAUGAUAUGAAGGCAGGACUUGAAGAACGCUUUGGAAAAGAUUACAUGGAAAGAAUUAGGAAGGAUGGUUUCAUUGAUGUGAAGAGUUCAGGAAGUUUUGAUUACCGUGUGACUAUGGAAAGUUUGAUGGACCGCUUUAAUACAAACAUGCAUGAAGCAUGCCUUCAGAUUGAUAAAGAAUGCAGGGUCCUUACAGUUCAUGGUUCUUCAGACACUGUUAUCCCUGUUGAAGAUGCAUCUGAGUUUGCCAAGAUUAUACCUGACCACAAGCUACAUAUCAUAGAAGGAGCCGAUCACUCAUACACUAAUCAUCAAGAUGAAUUAGCCUCUGUCGUUGUGAACUUCAUAAAGGAAUGCUUGCACCAGGAUAAGGGUACAUCUAGCUAGGUGAUAAAAUUUCUCUUAUGGAUGAACCUGCUUAUGAUGUUCUACGUUCUACAGCAUGUUUGAGCUCUUCUAGUUUUUGUUUAUUAAAUGAGUGAAUCUUGAUCAAGUUGAAAAUAAUGGCUAGAGUAAUAUCUGCCAGUGUUAUUUGCCUCAAGAUCUGUACAAAAUUCUUUUAACAUUAUGAAUUAUGAGUAUGACAGACGGCUCUCUCAUGGUAGAAAAUUGUGGCCAAGGGAAAAGCUGAAAAAAUUAGUG